AGAAGUAAUGGUAGGAGUAGAGAGUCCCCCUUCCAAAAACCAAAACCAAAACCAAAACCAAAACCAAAACAUGACUCUGCUCUAAUUUGUCCUCCGAAAAUGACGCAACCCUGAAUCUCAUUUCCUGCAGCACCGGACUUCCCAAUGGGCGGCCUUGGCUUUUCCCCUCCCUCUUUCACUCCCCUCCUCUCUCUCCCCUCCCCAUAAAACCCACCUCGUCCUCUCUCCCCUCAUUUACCCCCCUCUCUCUCUAUAACCUCUAGUUUUCAAUCUUUGCUUCUUCACAUUUCUCUCUCUACUGCUCUCAUGGGUUGCACAGAGGUGAAUCCGCUUGUCUUUGAUGCGGCCCGACUGCGCCAGGCGAAUACGAUCCCUGAGCGGUUUGUGUGGCCGGAGCACGAGCGCCCCAACAACCCCUCAGAGCUUGACGUGCCCCUCAUCGACCUCUCCGGCCUCAGGCUCGGUGAUGCCCACACUACCUUUGAAGCCGUGAAGCUCGUCAGAGAGGCCUGCUCUCGUCAUGGGUUCUUUCAGGUUGUGAACCAUUGGGUGGAGUCAAGCUUGUUAAAAGAGGCGCAUGAGCACAUGGAUAGGUUUUUUGCGAUGGGUUUGGGAGAGAAGCAGAGGGCGCAGAGGAAGCCUGGGGAGAGUUGCGGCUAUGCCAGCAGCUUCACGGGGAGGUUCGCGUCGAAGCUGCCGUGGAAGGAGACGCUCUCCUUCCACUUCUCGCCUGCUAUGCCCCAUGUAGUAACUGACUACUUUCGAUCGGUGCUGGGCGAUGGGUUCGGCUCAUCUGGUGAAGUCUACCAAAAGUAUUGCGACUCGAUGAGCGAGGUUUCAAUGAACAUCAUGGAGCUUCUAGGCCUAAGUUUGGGCGUGGAUCGAGCCCACUUUAGAGACUUUUUCAUGGAGAACGACUCCAUUAUGAGGCUCAAUUACUAUCCGCCUUGCCAGCAACCAGGGCUCGUGCUCGGCACCGGCCCGCAUUGCGACCCAACUAGCCUUACCAUCUUGCACCAGGACGACGUCUCUGGGCUCCAGGUCUUUGUUGAUGAUCAGUGGCACUCCAUCAAGCCUAACCCUCAUGCCUUCGUCAUAAACAUAGGCGACACCUUCAUGGCAUUGUCAAAUGGGAGAUACAAAAGCUGCUUACACAGGGCGGUGGUGAAUAGCCGGGAGCCAAGGAAAACCCUAGCUUUCUUUCUGAGCCCAAAAAUGGAGAGAGUGGUGCGGCCACCUCAAGAUUUAGUGGACCAAGAGCACCCAAGGCUAUACCCUGACUUUACAUGGGCCACUUUGCUGGAGUUCACACAAAAGCAUUACAGAGCCGACAUGAAAACACUGGACUCAUUCACAAGGUGGCUCCAGACCCAUUAGUCUAAGAACCCAGGCGACCCAUGGCCCGACCAUGUCCGGUGCAAUAGACCGACCCUAUCGAGCCCAGGGUCCGUCCGGUGUUGUUUGGCCUCGCAUAUUCUCUUGAAUCCGUCUUUCAAAUUUCUCUCUUCCUUUGUACUUAUUUCUUUUCUUCUUCUUUUUUGGCCAAAUAGCAUGUCUUGAAAAAAAGAAUAAGGUUAGCAAAAGGAACAAGAAAAAGGACCGUUGUAAAGCCCUCCUCAAUAAACAAAAGCAUAAAGGUAUCAAAGGAUAU